AUGCUGUAUCAGCGAAACCGUACGCGUAAAGCCAUAAACUCUGCCACGGCUAGCCGAAGGUGUAAACAGCGCAAGUCUCCUUACAGAAUUGAUUUCGAACACUACGACAACCACUACUUUGUGCUUCCCAUCCACAACAAGGACAAAUGGUACCGAGGAUGCAACAGACAGAUCAACCAGGAAUGGAAGCGAAUCCGCACCGAGAAGCUGAAAACGCUCGAGCACAGUACGGAGAUGCCACCCAGCCUCAUCAUUGCCAGUGCCGAGAACGAUCGCGUGCAGGUGAUCGCGCUGUGCUCCAUCUCCAAAAUUCCAUCCUGUGCCAGACGCUGCCUGCUGGAGGUGAUAGCGACGCAGGAGUAUCUGUACUACCUGAACAUCGAACAUAUCUUUGUGGCGUUGCGCGAUCAGAACGUGUUUCGUUCGAAGUUUCGGUUCAGCUUUACGCGCACGCUAGCGUACGGUGAGAUACUGGAGCGUACCGAACGGAAGGGUGUGUCCAAAUUUAUGCUUUCGAACGAACCGCAGCAGUGGGUGGUAAAGCAGUACGAAUCGUCCGAGGAAGAGUUGUACGCUCAGCGACAAAAUUGCUACUACUAUUAUUACUACAACGAGGAGGAAGAUGACGACACGUACCAGGAUUAUUACAGCUGUAAAAAGCGAGUCGCUUACGAUGGUCCACCGCCACCAACCUCGAAUGAACCGUACUUUGUGGUACCGAUUCAUCGGCAUCCGGACCUGAAGGAGCAGUGCGUUAGGUUGAUCAACACAGAGUGGCCCCGCUCCCGGAUGGCCCGGUUUUGGAGCUUCGAAACAUCAACCGACACGCUACCGAUCACGUUCGUACUGACGCAGCUGAUCGACGAAACGACGACCGUGCUCGGGCACGCCAAAGUAUCCCCCGUGCCGGCAGAUGAUACGUCGGCGUAUGUGGAAUCGGUCGUGGUGGAUUAUCGCUAUCGGGGUCGUGGCAUCGGCACGCACCUGAUGGAAGAGAUAGAGAAGUACUGUAAGGUGGUGAUGAACAUUAAUCACAUGUACAUUGCCACUGAUGGGCAGGAGGUGUUUUAUGCCAAACUUGGCUACAUCUUCUGCAAGGCGAUCAACAUCUUCGGUACCCGUUCGACGCGGAACACCGUCAGCAAGAAGCACUGGAUGCGGAAGGUUCUCUCCGACUGGGAACCGUACCCGAUGGGCUACGGGGACGAGAUACCGUGCGAUCCGGUUGGAACCGUGGUGGAGGCGGACGUUGGACCACCGCAGGAGAAGCUGUGCGUUGAUCAGCUCAUCUGGAACAUUCGUAACAUCGUGUACAACCAGACAAACAUGACGUUCCGGAAGACCAAGGGCGAAGAAAUAGUGUACGAUUUGUUGCUCAAAAUGCAUGCCAUUUAA